CUAGGUAUUUGUGAAUAAGAUUCUGAAGAAUUCCAUGAAGAAAGUGAUGUUUUUGAAUCAAAUGAUGAAGCUAAUGAAUUAGUAGAUGAUGAAGAUUGUAAUGAUUCACCAAUUGAUAAAGGUGCAAUACAUUGUUGUGUAAAUGAAUCCUUAUCAGUAAUUCACGUAAUUACUAUAGUCAGAUGAGCAUGGUCAACAAUUUAACCAAUCACACAGGAAAUUACAAUAUGAUUUGUAGUAUUUAAAUCAGUAAUCGGUUGUUGUUUUUGACUGUGUUAAUAGUCAUGAUGAUGAUUAAAUAAACAUCAAUGUGCAUAGUGUGCACCAUACACUAGAAAAAUAAAUAAGUCAUAUUAUUGAUGAUGUAAAAUAUAUUAUAUAAAUCAUGAUGGAGAUAAGUGAAUUCUUACCAAUUGAGAAAUCUCAGCUUAUACAAAUUACAGUUUAUGAAAAAGAUGAUUUUAUAAAUGACGAAAUAUGUAAUAAUCAUAUUAAAGAUUGUGGAUUUAAUUUGGAAAAAAGUUAUUAUUAUCUUUUGAAAACUAUGAGACAUCAACAUCGAUGUAAAGCUGGUACCAGUAUUAAUGGGUUCGGAAGUGAUUAUGACAGCGUUGAUCCGAUGACCAAUCUAUAUCUUGAUAAAUUAUUCAACUUAACGAAUCAUUCUUAUCAUGAUUUCGAUCAUACAACUACUUUAACCAUUGGUAAUUGGACUUAUCGUCUUCUAUUGAUAGAUCGAAAUGAACUAUUUGAAAAAAUUGAUAACAAUGAAUCUGACAAUGGGGAGAGGUUCAGUGAUUCCACAUAUGACAGUCUAGACUAUUCUGAAAGCUUAACAGAUGACAAUGACGACUACAAUCCAACUAUUUACAAAAUCACCAGAAAAUUCAAACAUGUAAGAUUUCAUCAUAGACUAGUUGAUAAUAAUCCUUUCGACAUUCAUAACCAGACGAAUGAACACGAAAUCACUGACGACUAUGAUUAUGAAGCAAAAUGGUAUGAAUACGAAAGAGAUAGACUGGAUAGUGAUGAUGAAAUUAUCGAAGAAGAUAUUUAUGAAGUGGGUUCUCAUGAAGAAGAACAAUAUAAACAUGAUUAUGAAGCUUAUAGUAAAUUACAGAACAAAGACAUUCUCUAUAUAAGCGAUGAAUUCGAUGUUUGUGAAGACGAUAAUGAAUAAUACAAUGUUAUUCUUAUAAAAGAAACUCAAACGAAUAGUUAAUAAUCAGUUUUAUAUCUAACAAAUACAACUCGUAAGAAUCAACUUAUAUGUUUUUCUAAAUAACUAAUCAAGUAAAUCUUUGAAAUAAUUUGCAUAUAUACAUGUAUAUCUAUAAUAAACAAUCAUAAAUUUCGUUUUCUGUACACAAAUCAUUUUUAUUUAUCUGGUUCCAAGAUAAUUGAACAAUUUCUGAAUAGAUUAUACAUUAUGUAACUUGUAUUUUGAUAAUAAAUCAGUCAGUCAGCAAAUACGUAGAACUUCGUACGUACGUACCACAUUAGUACAGAGAUAAAAUUGUCGAUUUAAAUCUCAUAGUGGUAGAGGUAAUAAAAGUAUAAGCAGUCAUCGAAAAAAUUAGUAUCUGAAGAUGUUAUUUAAGGAGUAAUUAAUAGCGUGAAAUUCAAAUUAAUCAUAAUAAUAGAGCAUUAUAAAGAUACAACCUUCUACAACAUAAGUGUAAUUAUUAAGCAUUAAUAAUUAAUCUUUUAAGGUAUCCAGUUAUUCACAAAUUCAAGGUCUAAUUCAAAUUAAUUUCUUCACAAAUAAUGUUCAAAUUCAAUUAACUUCUUAAAAUCUUGAAAUAAUCGCUUAUUGUAUUACUUUGACCAUAUGUACUUGUUGAUAACCUUCAAUUGUGAACAUUCUAUGGACACUUUAUAUCUUGAAAAGUUAUGAAUAACAUUCAACUUUCAUUUAUACUCCAUAUUAACUUUAAUCUGAUAAUGAUACAUACUUCUAGAAUUCAUUCUCUUUUUUUAUUGACAGAUUAUUUUGUU